AUGUCAACCUGGACGAUAAGAAUUGAAGAUAAGGAAGGAAAUUCACGCUCAAUGCAAGUAAAUAGCUCUUGAACUUAUGCUCAACUCCACGGAGAGCUUUUAAAUUGCUUCAGAAUCGAAAUGCAACUCCAACUGUGAUUUAUAAUAAUAAUACUGGGGACAAGUAUUUGAAUUUGGAGAGAUCAGGUGGACGCACUUUGGAACAGCUGGGCUUUCGGAAUAGCUGCUUAG